AUGCUCAAUUCCCACUUGUCGAAACGUUUACGUGUGGGUCUCGUAGGUGGUGGUCGCAUUGGAAAAGUCCAUGCACAGAGUCUGCAACGCGCUGGAGUUACUAUUGCUAUGAUUGCUGACCCCGUGGAUAAUGUGGCGGAGACAACAGCUGCACAAUUUGGUAAUGUACGCUGGACAAAAGACGCGUCUGAGAUCUUUCGUGACCCGGAGAUUGAUGCCGUCGUUAUUUGUUCUCCAACUGCCUUGCACGCGGCGCAUAUUAUUGAAGCAGCUAGAUACAAGAAGCAAAUUUUUUGUGAAAAGCCCAUCGACUUAUGUCCGAAAGUGGUCAGUAAGGCCAUCGUAGCGGCUGACGAUGCUGGUGUGAAGCUUAUGAUUGGAUUCAAUCGUCGUUUUGAUGCCAAUUUUCUUCGUGUUAAACGAGCUAUCGACUAUGAUGAGGUAGGUAAGAUUAACAUGGUGCGUAUCACAAGCCGUGACCCUAGUCCACCACCUGUAAGCUACAUCAAAAGCUCUGGAGGGUUGUUCCACGAUAUGACUAUCCAUGACUUCGACAUGGCGAGAUUUCUUAUUGGUGACGAAGUCGAUGAGGUCUAUGCCAUGGCGCAGAGCGUGAAUCUCGACAUUGCAGCAGCAGGCGACAUUGACACGGCUGUAGUGCUGCUCAAGUUCCAUAACGGUGUCAUCUGUUACAUUGAGAACAGCCGAGAGGCGGCGUAUGGGUAUGACCAACGCGUGGAGGUUCUGGGGUCAAAGGGCUCCGUUGCAUGUGAUAACAAGUACUCGAACCAGGUGGUGGUGUCUACGAAUGAAAGCGUGCGUCGUGACUUGCCGCUUCAUUUCUUUCUGGAGCGCUAUAUGGAUGCAUAUGUGGCGGAGAUGGAGGCUUUCAUCCAUGUGUGCACUACGAAUGGUGCUUCGGUUCCUGUUGGCGGUAAUGAUGGUCGUGAGGCUUUGUUGCUGGCUCUGGCGGCAAACAAGUCGCUUGCGGAGAAUCGUCCUGUCAAAGUCAAUGAGCUGCGACAGCUUGCAUAA